GUUGAUGCAGCGCGACAUUGGAAACUUCUUUAUUGUUCAGUGUGGACAGCGCAAUCAUGACGAAUGCACGCAGGCUUCUUAUUUGCGGCGCUUUUUGCGUUUUCCUCUCUUUUCCGAAUGCAAUAAACUCGUUGGCUUUUGAGGACGUUGAACAAGGUGGGCUGCGAGUGCGUCGCCAGGCCACUGACUCGACCACCACCGUCGAUUCUUCCACUUCAACCACGGUCGACGCUUCUUCGUCUACUUCGGCGUCAACCACAGCUUCUGACGCCUCGUCGACGUCCACGACUGUGAGCACAACAGACGCUUCUUCAACGACGACCAACACUGCAAGUCCGAGCGGCUCUUCCUCGACCGACUCAACGUCCACUACAGUCGCAGGUGCCACCGUCAGCACCUCGCCAGCCUCGUCAACAGCAAGCGCAAGUGCGACCUCAACUACAGGUGCAAGCGGCUCGAGCACUUCCUCGUCACAAACAACAGCGACCGGAAGCACAACGACGUCCAACAUCAUUUUGGCGAAAAAUCCGACGGCAGUCCUUUGCAGCGCGUUAGAUUCCAAGCCGCUGGAAAGAUGUUGCGAGCAGUCGUCAAAACUCGAGUUUUUCACGCCGAAACAAAAAUUGGCUUGCAACGGCGGACAAAAGGCGAACAACCCUCAGUUGUUUUCGCAGACGCACCAAUACGUGCUGCACAGAAAACACAACGCCCGCUCCAACUUCAUCAACUAUGCGGCCGAAUCCAACUCGAGAGCAUUGGGACACCCCGCCUGUUUCUUUGAAUGUCUCUACAACGACGCUGCGGUGUUGGAGAAAAACAACUCAGUCAACGUCCUUGACCUGGCCAACUACCUGAGCAAGAAUUUGACCGAGGAAUGGGUGCAGAUAAUUGCUGAUGCCGUUGAUAACUGCACUGCAAGCUUUGAAGGGUUGCCCGUAAAGAGGGCCAAAAAGUAUAAUUCCGCUGGCCGACUUGUCCGUGAGUGCUCUCUGGAGCCAUAUUUGGUCCACCAAUGCGUCCUCAGGACGAUUUUGAUUAAAUGUCCUGCCAAGGCAGCCACUUCUACCCCGUUUUGCUUGAACACGCGGGAAAAAUUUAGAUUGUGCGACCCAAUGGUGACCUCGACCAACACCAUGAGGAUUCGCCCCAAGAAGAACUUCUACCGGGUGGUGCGAGAACGCAACCAAUUUCGUGUUGUCGCCAACAAUGUCCUGCAGCCCAUCCUGGGCUGAGAAUGAGUUUCAGAAUUUGUGAAAAGUAAAACCACUCUUUCUUUCAUAUAAGUGCAACUUCAUAGCAAUUUUUGAAGUACUUCUUCUCUUUAAUUUUGAAGAAGAUUUUUACCUCAUAAGCAUUCAUUGUAUGAUUUGGUCUGAAAUUAGAAAUAAAUAAAAGGAAGAAUUGUUAA